UGGUGAGCGAAGACAAGAGAUGAAACAGAGCCAAAGAAUGAUCAAUGAAGAUAAGAGAAAAAUAUGAGCCCGAUGAGUCAAGGCAAGAUGUCCCAGUUGAACGUCGGACAUGUCGAGGCACAAAGUCGCAGUCAAGGCAAGAAGUCAGAGUCGAGGCAAGAAGUUGAUGUCGUCAAGGAAAGAAGUCGAUGUCGUCGAGGCAAGAAGUCAAAGUCGUCGAGGCAAGAAGUCGGAGUUGUCGAGGCAAGAAGUCGGAGUCGUUGA